UAUACACGAAAAGACCCCCAAUAUUGGAAUUUUAGGUAAAUAAUUAAUUAAAAAUUCUUUCAAUAAAUAGAUAGUUGGGACGAAAUGUCAUCUAAAGAUUUGCCAGCAAUGAUAGACAAAGCUUUAAAAGUUAGUGGACAAUCAAAAUUAUAUUAUGUUGGACAUAGUCAAGGGACAGAAAUUAUGUUUACACAAUUGUCUAAUGGAAAUCCUGACUUCUCAAAAAAGGCAAAAUUUAUUCCUUCUUUUACAUAUUUUCCCUCUUUUUUCCUUUUAUUCUUCCCCCUUUUUUAUUAGAUAAUCAAAUUUUUUGCAUUAGCACCUGUUGCUUCUGUCAAAUACAUUAAGG